UAUGACGUCUUGAGAAUGUUUGCAAAUAAAUCAAAGUCUGAUUUUCCAUUUUCGAGAAAUCUGCUGUAGAUAUUUUUUCACAGUGGAUGGCUUCCUACUGGCUAUUUCCAUAAAGUUGUAAAUUUUCAUUUUGAUUUGAGAAUUAUAGUUGUAGGUAUAGAUACCUACAUCUAAAUGGCCGGUAAACUGACCGCGCUGCGAUGGAGGUGGAAGUUGAGGAGGACCCCGUGUCGACUGUGGACACCGUGGCGAUCGCCGAGGAGGAGAUAUCCACAGCGAUGGACUCUGAGGAGGACGGAGGGGAGGACGGAGAGGACGGAGGGGAGGACGGGGAGGAUGGAGAGCUGCAGGAGGGCACCCAGGUCAUACACCUGGACACGGUGACGCUGGAGACGUCCGCCGGCCCCAGCACACCCAGGAAGCAGAAACAGUACCAGCAGCGCUACAGACACGAGUGGGAACGGCUCGACUUCUGCAGGGGCUGGCUCACGAGACAUCCAGUCAACAAGCUUCUGGGGUACUGCAAGGCCUGUGACAGAUCUCUACAUGCCCGGAGAAAUGACUUAAGAAAGCAUGCUGCAUCAUCAAAGCACAGGACGAACAUGUCCUUACUCAAGCAAGGCCUCCCGCGUCAUGAAAGAGUCGGCAAACUGAACACCGUUCAUCCGACCAAGCUUAACGACCCGGAUCUGGAAGGCUGGUGCGUGGCCAUGCCUGGCCAGCAACACCGGGUCUGGUGCCGCCAGUGCCAGUGCAGCCUAAUCGCCCAGCGGAAGGCGCUCAAGACGCACAGCAAGAGCCGCAAGCACGAGCUGAACUCGGAACGGGCGCCGCAGUCGCCGCCGCCGGCCGGCAGCACCAUCGUCGGCGACUCGUCGUUCAACGUCGUCGACACGAGCCUCAAUGAGUCGGUCGAUAACGAUUCGGAGCGCGCCGCGUCGCCGCUCAUCGAGAGCGAUUUUUCGGGCCGCGUUACUUACUCCAUCGGACUGGGAAACCGCAAGGUGGGCUUCCUUGGCGCGGGACAGAUCGCCCAGGCCAUCGCCCAGGGUAUGCUGGAGCAAGGCCUGCUGGUCCCCCGCGACAUGAUGGUGGGCGCUCCGAGUAACAGGAACAUGACGCCGUGGAAGCGCUGGAAGUGUCGCACCACCAACGACAACGACGACGUGGUACGCGAGGCGGACAUUAUCUUCAUCGCGGUGAAGGCGUCGGUGUUGGUCCGCCUGAUCGGUCGGCUGUCGCCCAUCUCAGACGGCAAGACGCGCCUCUUUAUAUCGCUGGUGCCGGGAGUUACCCGCGAACGGAUGACGGCGCUUCUCUCGUGCCGCGUGCUGCCGCUAGAGACGGUGACCGGCGACCCGCCCGCUGACAUCGAGGUGACCGGUCCACCGCUACACGUCAUCCGUUGUGCCGCCAACAAGAUGAUGUCUAUCAGCGCUGGGUUCUGCGCGUACAGUAUGGGCGACGACGUGCCGCACUCGCUGUACCUGGUGGUGGAGACCAUGUUCUCGGCACUGGGCACCUGUGUUCAGGUGGAGGAGCACCUGAUGGACGCCUACAGUACGAUGAUCGCCAGCGGAGCAGCCUUUACGUGCGCGUUUAUCGAGGCGAUGGUGCAGGGCGGAGUGAGUCUGGACCUGGGCUGGGACGAGGCGCUCAAAGUGGCCUCGGCCGUGGUAUCGGGCACCUCUAAGCUGCUUCUGCGCACCUCCGUCGACCCAUCCGCUCUGCGCAAGUCCAUCUCGACACCAGGCGGCAGCACCAUCACCGGACUGGCCGCCCUCCAGCGCGGUGGGCUCGAUGACGCCGUGGGCAAGGCGCUGCAGCUGGCCUGUGAGAAGACCCGCGACGUGGGGAACGCCGUCUGUGGCGGCGGCGGUGGAGAUACGAGCACGACCAGCAUCUAGCUGCCGGCGGCCGGUGAGCGCGGUGCGACAGCGCCGUGAGUGACAGAGUGAGAACAGUGACCGGGUCGGGACACAGCUCUCUGAUCGCCGCGAGACAGAGAGAACAGUGACUCUUGAACACAGUUCCCCCGUCCCGGACCACCGUGAGACAAAGAGAAUAGAGACUGAACACAACUCCCGGACCAAGUCGGGAAAGAGGAGAGCCAAGAGCUCAGAACGCGACUGGGCUUUCGGACCGAUUGGGGCCCCACUGCCCUCAUCACAGUACUAAUUAUACAUAGUACAUACAUGCAUUAUAGUGUAAGUUAUCAUACGCACAUUAUUCUCUUCACCAUGUCUACCUAAAAGCGGAGGAGUUUGGAUAGCUGAAACAAACCGUGUCUAUUUUAAGAAUUCCUGCAAAGCUGGAAGUUGGAACCUACUGAGUGAACAUGCCUUGUAUGAUUUAGGUUGAUCAUCUUGUUGCUUUGCUAUUUCCACUUGAGUUGCAGUUGAUUUUUUAAAGGCAUGUGUGCGAUGUGCUUUGUUUCAUCACGAAUCACUCAUCUGUGCGUCCAUUUCCGUGCCGGUUUUAUUACCGGCUAGUUCAUUUUGUAAAUAGUCAAUACAUUUUGAGGGGCGCA